AUGCUUUAUUCUUUUCCCUCGGUUUUGGAUCGUCUGAACAGUUUGUUGGAGCCAGGCGGUGACCUUCUGAUCAGCGAACGUGGACUUGAUGCCAAUGGCGAUCUUGUUCGCUUGAAGCCACAUCCUGAUUUCAGACUCAUCCUCGUUGUUGAUGAGGAUUCUGUAUCGGGUUGCAAAAACAUCUCCAGAGCUAUGCGCAAUCGCGGGGUUGAGAUGUUUUUAACUCAAGAUUUGACCGUUGCAAAGGACGACUUGCACCGCCUCCUUCGCAGCACCGGCCUUUCUGCCAAUGCGGUGGCAGCCCUCCUAGCUUUUGAAGCCUCGUCGCUAGAACGCGUGCAUGCCACACCCAUCGUUCCACUUCCUCCGCGUAGACCUCCCGUCGGUGCACUGCUCUCCGCUGCCCGUAUGAUCCAACAGCUGUUGUCGUCACACGGAAAAGAAGACCUCUUCCCUGCUGUAGGCUGCGACUCAAAGGCAGAUGAAGCUAUGGCAUGGAUGAGCAAAUGGCGUGGGGAUGUGUGGAAACGUGCCUUUGCUAAGGCCCUCAUGGAUGUCUAUGCUAGGCGUCAGGCAAAUAAGAAAGUUGCUGAGCUCUUCACCAAAACCAUUUGCGAAUUUGUGGAUACAGAAUUGUCAUCCCUCCUGAAUUCCGAACAUACUUCUAUUCUGCCGCGGCUCAACCGUCCCAGUGAACUCCUUUCUCUCACUUCACUACUACUGGAGCAGUGGCGGUACGCCCUUCGCUGUGUUUUGACACGCUCCCCACCAGAUUUAUGUGAAGAAUUGUACUCCCUUCUCAUCCGUUUCUCCACUGAACGGGGCUUUAUAAUUAUGCCCUCUAACCCACAACCGCAAUCUGUGGAUGAAUUCCUUGAAACCGUCUCAGACGUCGUUGCCUUAGAUAAACGCUGGAUUCCUGGAUGGCGUUGUCUUGUUGAUGCUGAUACUGUGGACCUUACUACCUGGAAUCAUCGAAUUCUUAAUGCUUUUUUCCACCAAUUUGAUGCAGCCCGCGCCAAAAUUGUUAGCGCAAGUGAGUCUCUCACUUUCAAUGACAAGAUGUCUGUUGUCUGUGCUCUUGAGCAGUGUUUAAAGGGCAACGUCCCCCUCAACUUCUUUGAGGCUUACCCAGGCUUAGCCAGUCUCGAAACGGAUUUUUGCUCUUCCUACACCAAUCUUCAGGAGUCAUUUCGUUCCCAGGUUCGGUCAAACCUUGAUUUUUACGCUUUCAUUUGUGCUCUCUCGAAACUCGAAGCUUGGUUACAGCAUUUUGGCUGUCAACCAAUUGGAUCACCUUCCGAUUGGUUAGAAAGAAGAGAGUUUUUCAGCCGCUAUUGUACGCCUUUAUCCACUACUCCUCCUUUGACACGGAUGAUGGAACUGAUUCGCCGCCAUCUUCCUGCGCCACUUCCUCAAACAUUUUCUCAUCCUGUUAGGCUUAACCUCGGCCACAUUUCAUGGGCUCAACUGGCUCUUGAGGUUCAAAAUCAAGUACUCUAUUACCUCAACCCUCACGAUAUUGGGGUAAACGAAGUAGUUGACACAAACACCGCUUGCUCAACUUCGUCGGAGGAUUUAGAAUCGGUGCGCUUGUGGCCAGUACUUGCCGCAGGUUUGGUCUUCAGUCGAAAUGAUGAUAUAUCGAUGACAUCGUGGUCACCAAACUUAUCUCUUUGUUUGCGAGUGGAACUGGGUGUGCAGCUGGGAGCCCUCUCACGCCCCCGCUUACUAGAACUUUUUACGUUGGCGUCGGGGAAAGCUUGCGGCAAUUUCACAAAUAUAGUUCUCCCCAAUCGCGCCUAUUCUCUCGCGUUAUCAGAAUCUAAAGGUCUUGUGGAGCCCGAUUUGGUGUGCGAAUGGCGGAGCCUUUCACAAGCAGCAUUGGUAGUGAAUAACACAGACACAGCUAAUUGCUUCAGUGGUGGACCUAAUUGUUCGUUUGCCGAUUGGAUUUCUAAUCAGCAGAUGUUUCCCGAUCACUUUCAUCUUCUUAUGUGCCUUGGUCCGUCAUCCACUCGGCGACAGAGGAUCUUCCACCAAUGCAGCGAGUUAGUUGCGAUUUUUGGGUCUCGUAGUUUAUCUUAA